UACAUGUACUAAAACCUCAUUAAUUGAUCAAGGCAGCGAGUAGCCCCAGCUAACCAUUACACGGGCAUUCCAUCUCCAGCCAUCCCUAGGGCUGUAAUUAACAUGGCUCCAGCCAUUGCCAAGCCUCUCCUGAGCGAUCUGGUGGCACAAUCCGGGCAAGUCCCCUCGAGCCACAUUCGUCCGGUUGGCGACCGCCCGGACCUCGACAACGUCGACCACGAGUCCGGCGCCGGCAUUCCGGUCAUCGACCUGAAACAGCUCGACGGCCCGGAUCGCCGCAAGGUUGUCGAGGCCAUCGGUUCGGCGUGCGAAACCGACGGUUUUUUCAUGGUGAAGAAUCACGGGAUCCCGGAGGAGGUGGUGGAAGGGAUGCUGCGCGUGGCGAGGGAGUUCUUCCACAUGCCGGAGUCGGAGCGGCUCAAGUGCUAUUCCGACGACCCCAAGAAGGCGAUCCGGCUGUCGACGAGCUUCAACGUGCGCACCGAGAAGGUGAGCAACUGGCGCGACUUCCUGCGCUUGCAUUGCUACCCUCUCGAGAGCUUCAUCGACCAGUGGCCCUCCAACCCACCCUCCUUCAGGCAAGUGGUCGGCACCUACUCGAGGGAGGCGAGGGCGCUGGCGCUGCGGUUGCUGGAGGCGAUAUCUGAGAGCCUCGGGCUGGAGAGGGGCCACAUGGUGUCGGCCAUGGGGCGGCAGGCGCAGCACAUGGCGGUGAACUACUAUCCGCCAUGCCCACAGCCGGAGCUCACCUACGGCCUGCCGGGGCACAAGGACCCCAAUGCCAUCACGCUGCUGCUCCAGGACGGCGUCUCCGGCCUGCAGGUCCAGCGCAACGGCCGCUGGGUGGCCGUCAACCCCGUGCCCGACGCCCUGGUCAUCAACAUCGGAGAUCAAAUCCAGGCGCUGAGCAACGACCGGUAUAAGAGCGUGCUCCACCGGGUGAUCGUGAACAGCGAGAGCGAGAGGAUCUCCGUGCCGACGUUCUACUGCCCGUCCCCGGACGCGGUGAUCGCGCCGGCCGGCGCGCUGGUGGACGGCGCCCUGCACCCGCUGGCGUACCGGCCCUUCAAGUACCAGGCCUACUACGACGAAUUCUGGAACAUGGGCCUCCAGUCCGCCAGCUGCUUAGACCGGUUCCGGCCUAACGAUCAGGCCGUCUGAUUAUGGUCCAUAAACUUUUCUUGAAAAAGGAAAAGAUUGUGAUCCAUAAACAGGCCAUGCAAAAUAUAUCCUUACAUCCGAUGCGACGUGUUAUACCACUAAAAAAGGUGCUCCUCUACCCUAGCUUUCUCGAAAAAAAUAAAACAAAGUGGAGCACUACCAAUCUAGAUCUAUGUGACGCUAAACAAUAGACAUGUGAGUGAAAUAUGUUUUGACUGAGAAAUUUCCAAGGGUUUUCCGGCUAGCUCCACAAGAUGGUGGGCUAGACGACCUAAGUUCAAAGCCUCACCCCUUUUAAUUAUUUGAUAUUAGAUCUUUUCCUAAUAUUUGAGUUUUUAAAUAUGUUUUGACUGAUAACUCAGUCCAUAUAUACAUAGCAUCCAGGCACUUCCGCAGAUGUUACUGAUGUGCUCUUUUUUUUUUUAAGAUGAUGGAACAAAAAUCACAGUCUCUGCAUUUGCUCAUGUGGAGGAAGUCGCAAAUCACCUUUACGGAGCACUGAAUCUUUCUGCAAAAUCUUUGCAUGUCAACGUAGCGUCAAUCUCAAAAUAUAUUGUUUCAAUUUUUGUAGAUACUUAUCUCGAGAUAGAAUAUGUGUUUAUAGUUGUAAGUGUGCGUGUAUUUAUAGGCGUUUGUGUUGUACUGUGUUUAGCAAUAAUAAAAAAAAACAUCUUGUAAAGAGCUGUUGCUCGGCAAGUUCAUAUCUAUUUUUUCUCUA